AUGCAAACUCUCCAAAAGAACAAAAGACCUGUGAGGAUGCAGAAUUUCCGCAUAUCAGCCAACCAAGGCAAAGAAGAUUUCAUCAUUCUGAAACAUACAAAGAUUACCCCAUUACCUGUUGGUGACCUUGAUUUUCCUUACAACGAUCAUUUGGGAAUGACUGGUUUGGCAACAAACAUUCCCUCCCUACAACAUGUUGCUUCAGAACAGCUUCUCUCAGUGAAAGGCGAAGUUGCCAAGAUGUCUGGUGUGAAAGUUAUCAACACACAGCGCCAAGGCCCACUGUCAAAACAGGAGAUUCUUAUACGAGACACAACCAGCUCCAUGAAGAUUGUUCUUUGGCAGGACUAUGCUAACAACACAGCAUUAGAAAUCUGUAAAACGUACACUUUCACCAACCUUCGUCUCAAGGCAACAAAAUAUGAAAGAUAUCUCAACACUUCAAAAUCAGAAAAAUUGUUAUACUGUUCUAUAAACUAA